AUGAGACAGUCGCGAAAUGCUCAAUCGAAACCUAUACAGCGUCUCUGCUCUUCCGGAUCACACCUACUCCCAAACGGGUUAGAGCUCGAUCCUAAAAGCGAAGCUACAGUCUGGUACACCACCUGGCUCAAAUCUCAAACAACUAAAAUCCCAUUGCAAAUAUUCAACAUCUUCCACGCGAACCACGAACACUGCACCUCCCAAUCGCACUGGGGCCUCUUCAACCGCACCUUCCUCUGUGUGGCGGAAUCCGCCAUCCAAGACAACACUAUCACCAUCGAUGGGAUGAUUGGAAACCUCCUCGGUGAGAAUAUUUUGGAUUCAGAGACGUUGGAGGAGAACCUCAACUAUGCUCGCUACUUUGUCUUCUGCAUUUUGGGCUACCAAACCAUGCUCUACUCUCCUUUUCCGCUGGAUCUAACUUCCGAAACACCGCAUCAAUUAUGCAUCACCGAAAACCUCGGUUGCUGCAACUAUACUCACGCAUCUCUAACACAAGAUGUCGCAAACUGUGCUCGCGAGCCCCUUAGUGAGCUUCUCAUGGGCUUUGGCGUGCUUCUACCAUCAAGGAACCUCUGUCUAGACGACGAUCAAAGUAUCCAUCACGCCUUCCAACAGCAAACGGAAGUUGAUGCUAAGAGAUUCAACGCAUACGCACUUCAUUACAUUGCCGGUAUCAAAGUCAAAUGGACCGAUGCAUUAUCCUGCCAUUUGGAAUUCAACUCUGCCACAAAGGAAAUAUCACUUUUCCGCUUCCCUUCGUUCUGCCAAUUUUCGCUGGCAAAGGGAAGGGUAGAGGUGUGCUACACGCUUGUGCAACGACAAGCCGUCUCCGAUGUCAAUGGGCAACAGAGACGGAAAUAA